AUGCACCAGACAGGCGGACAACCUUUUCAACACCAGCAUAGUUACUUAAUACACUGCGAUACCCUUAUCCUCAGGGUCUACGUUACGGCCCAAAGGCCCCUCAGCCUUUAA